AUGGCCCAGAAAACCAACCGCUGGAACAACAACAGUCAGAAAAAUGACAGCUGGAAAAAGGACAAACAGUGUUACAACUGCAACCAGAAGGGACACUUAGCCUACGAAUGCAAGGAGCCCAAGAAACAGAAGUGGCAACCCGUCCACGAACGAACCAAGCAGAUCAGCAUGGCAACCAAGACACCCCACGCAUCCCUGUCAUGGACCGGGUGCUACAACGACAACUGUCCCACGCACCAAAGCGACAAAGAAGCAUCGGGAUACUACCCCCGAAACCCUGACCAGGGAAGAUCAGGUUAUGACGACCUGAUCGAGCAAAGAAACUGGCGAGAAGAGAUCGCAGGACGACCCAAGACCCUCGCCAUGGCCUUCAGAGCAAACAGUAAGAUGGCCCGAGAGACUGUAGAACAGCUUGACGAAAUGCUACGAAUCCAACAACUGGGACCCGCUAGCUCGUCCACGGCCCUUCAGUCGGCACACGAACAAGAACUCGAUGAGCAAGUUGAGGAAGAAUCCGACGAAGAACCGGAUCACCAACACGACCCUAUGGAAGAACAACGACUGCUCAACCUCACGAGCAACUGGACUUUUGGAGAAGGAGAAAGUUCACAAUACGACUCGGAAGAACCUCGUGACGUUGCCCGCCAACGUGCUCAGGCAGAGAUCACCUAUGGGUUCACCCCCAGCGUGGACGACACUAGCUCUGAAGAGGAAUCCGACGACGAGGAAGAAACCCGACAGCUCCUUCAGUAUCAGACAAUCGACAUAGAACACGACGAACAACAACGAAGACCACCCAACCCUGAGAAGUGA